AGACAGAUCUAGCACGGUGGGCGUCAUUUAUUUGUCUUACGGUAUAACAGCAACCGAUGGUCUUACACGGCUCAGGAUCGUAAUUAUUAUCACCUGGUAAUUAUAAUAAAAGAUGUCAUUAAAUGGAGCAACAAAGCGGGCCGCAGAUAUUCUGAAAUAUUGUGCGAGAUCGAAGGGAUUCGACAACAUUUUUUCUACGUUUAAUGUCAUUGCUGCAUCUCCGAACAAAGUAACGGCAGAGUACAUCGUGAAAGAUGAACACUGCAAUCAGUAUGGUACUCUACAUGGGGGAUUUACAGCCACUGCUGUUGAUUUUAUGACGACUAUAGCUCUUAUUGCGGAUGAAGAAGAUUCUCGUCCUGGUGUCAGUCUGAAUCUUAGUGUAAAUUACAUGAAAGCUCUAAAGAUUGGUGACAAAAUCACAUUAGAAGGGGAAGUGUUGAGAAAAGGAAGAAGUGUAGCUUACACAACCGCACGCAUAUUUAAGGAGAACGGAGAACUUGCUGCCCAUGGAACGCAUAUAAAACAUUUAGGGAAUUAGCAUAAAAAACAUUACAAUAUUCUUGUUAAGAAAAUAAUGACAUGUUGACAACUGUGUAAUAUUGAGUGCAGCUUUAUUUUGUAAAUUAUAACUAUUCAUACAUGUCUUUAUACAUUUAAACCAAAUACCAAAGAGUACAUGUAAACCCAUACACCAUGUGGAUUUUUAUUGAGCUAAAGAGUCUAGGCACAAAAUGGAACAUUUUAAACCAAACAUCAUUAAAAAUCUAGCCAAAUACAGUCUUCAGGGGCAAUGAAUGAUAAACAAUAUAUAUAUGUAUAUAUAUAUAUAUACAUAUAUAUAUAUAUAUGUAUAUAUAUAUAUGUAUAUAUAUAUAUAUAUAUAUAUACUACCUCUCUAACUUCCAACUCCUGAGGUCAGUAUGCAUACAACAUCUUAUACUACAUUUACUUAGAAGAUAAGUGGGCGUAGCUUAAGGAAAUUUUAGCGUGUGUAAAAAGGGUAUUAGUGCUCUAUCAAUUACAGUAUGUACAGUAGAUAAGCUUUCCUUUGGCAUUCUCCUAGGCUCAGUGUUUCUGUAAAACUAUUUCUACAGCUACAGAACAUCUUUUGUUGAUAUCAACAAGUGUUUCCCUUCAUGCGAAAGUACCUGUGAUUCGAUGAGCCAAGAAAUCACCUGAUUAUUUUAUCAAUUUUUCAUAAUUAUAUUCAAAUUGUAGGAAUUAAUAUAGUAAUUUAUAUCAAACCUACUUCAUGAAGCACAAUAGCAUUGUCUUUCUUAUACAUGUACUGAUAGUAGUGUAGAGAUAACGUAGAGAUAACUAUGCAAUAUUAUUGCUAUCUAGUCUGAAAUUAUAGACCCAAUAACACUCAGCAUUUAGUUUGUCUAUUCAUUCCCAUCAUCUGCAUUUCAACCUCCAUGCCCCCAUGGCAGUGAAAAUUAAAGCAAAAUCUUAAAGGAGAAAGAAAAGUCCUGCACACAUUCAUCCAUGAGAAACUCUCCUGCCAUUUUGGAAUUAUAAUUUUUUGUUCAUUUUGGGGGCUAUUGCUGGUGGGUCAUAAAUGUAUUCCAUACUGUAUACUCUUAUUGCUUAGUAGAAAAAGUUUGUUUAUUGAAAAUACCAAAUACCUCAGAGUCUAUGAAUAAACGAAUUUAUAUCUUGAGAAAAA